UAUGCCAGGUAUGCAAAGAAACUCACAAAUAUCUCAGUAUGGAUCUCAGCAUUCUGGUCCUCCUGUUUCUCCACAUCCAUCGCCUGGAGGACAGGUGCAACCCGGUACAGUUCCUUACCAGCAGAGCAACUCCAGCAGCACUUAUGGACCUCAAAGUGGGCAGUAUGGACCGCAAGGUUGUGCCAUGACAGUUAAAAGAAAUGGCAGCACUCAUGGAACGGAAGGAAAGGACAGGGGCACUGUCGAUCUCGAAGUAGUAAAGAUCGUCGACGGAAACACUGGAGGUAAUUAUCCCAGACCGCCAAAUUACGGUGUAGUACCGAACACCAACUACAGUGGUCCAGGUCCAGGCAUGUGUAACAACAUGAGUAUGAAUGUGACCAACCAGAUGCAUGGUCAAGGUCCAACUCAACCUUGCAGUAACAUGACUAUGGGGAGAAUGCCAUCAUCAGGGAUGUCGAACUGGCCAUACUCUGGCAACAUGGGAAAUGUGACCCCAAACUCCCCAAACAUGUCACAACAGGUUGGCGCAGGAAUGGGUCCACCCAUGGCAACGGUAAAUCGCAAGGCGCAGGAGGCUGCUGCUGCAGUGAUGCAGGCUGCAGCAAACUCUGCUCAAAACAGGCCACCGUAUAUUAGGUCGCCUGGUUUUCCCAGUCAAACUGGGCCUGGUGGACGUCCUGUGUUUCCACCACAACAUCCCAACUAUGGCAACACUCAGGCUCCCAUGAUGUACCAGCCUGACCAGUACGGGCAAACUGGAUACACUGGAAUGAACCAAAGCAGUAUGAUGGGCUCUAGCCCCCCCUACAGCCAGCCUGUGAAUAACAGCUCGAUAAUGACAAACCCUCAGACUACUCCAUACAAUAUGGCAUCCAACAUGGUGAACAACUCUUCAGCUUCAAUGGGUCUCGGAGCAGACAUGAUGACACAGGCCGAUUCCAAACUUCAAGUACCUCAGAAAAUGGAUAUUAAAGAAGAAGGACCCCCUCCAACUGAGACCAAGUCUAAGGAUAGCUACAACUCUCAGGGUAUUUCUCAGCCCCUUACCUCAGGCAACCUGCCAACCCUUUCCCCCAUGUCCCCAAGCUCUACUAGCAUCUCCUCAAUGCAUGGAGAUGAAAGUGAUAGCAUUAGCAGCCCAGGCUGGCCAAAGACUCCGUCAAGCCCUAAAUCAAACUCUUCCACAACUGGUGAGAAGAUAACCAGGUUGUAUGAGCUGGGGAGUGAACAGGAACGCAAGAUGUGGAUAGACCGUUAUCUGACCUUCAUGGAGGAAAGAGGAACACCAGUGACCACAUUACCUGCUGUGGGCAAAAAACCAUUGGACCUUUAUCGACUUUAUGUCUGUGUUAAGGAAGUUGGUGGUUUGGCACAGGUUAACAAAAACAAAAAAUGGCGUGAAUUGGCAACGGCCCUGUGCGUAGGUACAUCAAGCAGUGCAGCCAGCUCACUAAAGAAACAAUACAUUCAGUACCUGUUUGCCUUUGAAUGUAAGAUUGAACGUGGAGAAGAGCCCCCUCCUGAGAUGUUCAGUUCUGCUGAAUCCAAAAAGCAGCCGAAAAUACAACCACCUUCUCCUGCAGGUUCAGGUUCCUUGCAAGGACCGCAGACGCCUCAGUCCACCAGCAGCUCAUUGGCAGAAAGUGGAGAUUUGAAACCACCAACCCCUGUCUCAACACCACUUGGACAAAUGACACCUAUUCAGGGUAACAGGAAUAAUGCAAUCAGUGUGCAGGAUCCCUUCUCCGAUGUUAGUGAUCCAGCAUUCCAGAAAUGGGGCUCCAUGACCCCAAAUGCACCAUACCAACAGGGAAUGAAUAUGCCUGAAAUGAUGAGUCGAAUGUCAUAUGAACCCAAUAAGGAUCCUUUUGGUGGUAUGAGGAAAGUGCCUGGAAGUAAUGAUCCUUUUAUGCCCCCUGGAGUAAUGCCUAACAGUGGGAUGCAGGAUCUGUACAACCGUACACCAUCAGGAGGAAUGGUUAACUUGAAUGUGGGUCAGCGGCAGCAGUAUGCUUAUGGAUCUGGCUAUGAGCGAAGGCCUGAACAUGGAAUGGGUCCUGAAGGCAAUAUGGGGCCUCCAGGAGGCCAGUCUAAUAUGAUGUCAUCAAACAGUGACUCAAGCAUGUACUCACCAAACCGCUACCCUGCGCAACAAAGGCAUGAUCCUUAUGGGCAGCAAUACCCAGGCCAAGGUCCUCCCUCAGGACAGACAGCAUAUGGAGGCCAUCAGACAGGAAUUUAUCCACAGCAGCAGAAUUAUAAACGACCCAUGGAAGGCAUGUAUGGUCCCCCACCAAAGCGCCAUGAGAGUGACAUGUUCAACAUGCAGUAUGGCAACCAACAGCAGGAAAUGUACAACCAAUAUGGAAACACUUACUCUGGACCAGACAGGAGAUCCAUGCAAAACCAGUAUCCGUUGACAUACAAUAGAGAGAGGAUGCAGGGUCCAGGUCCAGGCCCAGUGCAGCAACAUGGAAUACCACCACAAAUGAUGGGAGGACCAAUGCAAGUAUCCUCCACCGAAGGGCCACAGCAGGGCGUGUGGCAAUCACGGACUGAUACGGCAAUCACGCCUUACCCAUACCCAAACAGGCAAGGCCCCGGAGCACCUCCGCCGGCAUCGCCAUAUGCAGGGAUGAAUCGCACUGAUGAAAUGAUAUUACCUGACCAGAGAAUGAACCAUGAAGGUCAAUGGCCUUCUCAUGUGAACCAGCGUCAGCCUUCAUACAUGUCUUCAGCUUCCAUGCCGUCUAUCUCACGACCUUCUCAGUCCUCCUAUCAGACGACUUCAAUGCCAAACCACAUUUCCAGAGCUCCAAGUCCAGCUCCCUUUCAGCGAUCUUUAGAAAACCGAAUGUCUCCCAACAAGUCUCCAUAUAUGUCAUCCAUGAAGAUGCAGAAGGUUGGCCCUCCAGUUCCAGCCUCGCAGGUUGUUGCUCCACAACAACAGCAACCCCCUAUGAGGCGGGAAAUUACGUUCCCUCCCGGUUCAGUGGAAGCAUCGCAACCAGUCUUAAAAGCAAGACGAAAACUUACCUCAAAAGAUACUGGAGCUCCAGAGGCAUGGAGAGUUAUGAUGUCUCUCAAAUCUGGUCUGUUGGCAGAAAGCACUUGGGCUCUGGAUACCAUCAACAUCUUACUUUAUGAUGAUAGCACUGUAGCCACAUUCAACCUCUCCCAAUUGUCUGGUUUCUUGGAGCUUCUGGUGGAAUAUUUCCGAAGAUGCUUGAUAGAAAUAUUUGGAAUAUUGAAAGAAUAUGAGGUUGGAGAUCCAGGCCAGAAGGCUCUCCUUGAUCCAGAUGCUUUUAAGAAAGAUGAUGUUAACUGUACUGCGGAUGAUAUUAAGAAAGACGAGGUUGAAGAACAACUAGAUUAUGACGAUGAUUACGAUGAUUGUGAUGGCGAUGACAUUGACGAAGAGGAAGAUGGCCAGUCUGGAAAUGAAGAGAGCCGAGUCAACAUUGCAACAAAUGAUUCACAGGUUAGUGAUGAGAAACCAAAACAAGCCAGUAAAUUUGACAGACUGCCAUUGAAGAUUGUGAAGAGAAAGGAUCUUUUUGUGGUUGAUCGUACAAAUAAACUUGGUAGAGUUCAAGAAUUCGACAGUGGAUUGCUCCAUUGGAAGAUUGGUGGAGGCGAUACAACGGAGCACAUUCAGACCCAUUUUGAGAGUAAAAUGGAAAUGCUAUCACGCAAGAAGGUGCCAGGAUGCUUAAGCAGUCCAAAUAAAGAGAAGAAAACAAAAGAACAUGAGAUCUUUGAAGACAUAAAUACAGAAGAGCAGCCAGAAAAGAGUAUCACAGCAACAAUAGAUGAUGUAUUGUCAGCACGGCCUGGAGCUCUACCAGAAGACAAUUCUAAUCAUUUGACUUCUGAAACAGACAGCAGUAAGUUUCUAUUUGGUAUACACCAAGCAAAAGCACACAGAAAUAUAAAGUUAUUGGAGGAUGAGCCUUGUAGCCGUGAUGAGACUCCAUUGUGCACAAUCUCUGACUGGCGGGACUCUUUGGCAAAACGUUGCAUAUGUGUGUCAAAUAUAGUUCGUAGCUUGUCUUUUGUGCCUGGGAAUGACGCUGAAAUGUCAAAGCACUCGGGCCUAAUACUUAUUUUGGGGAAGCUAAUUUUGCUUCAUCAUGAGCAUCCAGAAAGAAAGAGAACACCACGAACUUAUGAGAAAGAGGAAGAAGAGGACGAAGGGGUAGCCUGCAACAAAGAUGAAUGGUGGUGGGAUUGCCUUGAGGUUUUACGGGAGAACACAUUAGUUACCUUAGCCAACAUUUCCGGGCAGCUGGACCUGUCUGUAUACCCAGAAAGCAUUUGUUUGCCAAUUUUGGAUGGCUUGCUACACUGGAUGGUCUGUCCUUCAGCAGAAGCCCAGGAUCCUUUCCCAACAGUGGGACUUAAUUCAGUGCUGUCACCACAGAGACUUGUGUUGGAGACUUUAUGUAAACUCAGCAUUCAGGACAAUAAUGUAGAUCUCAUCCUGGCAACUCCCCCUUUCAGCCGCCAGGAGAAACUAUAUGCUACUUUGGUUAGGUACGUGGGAGACCGAAGAAUUUCAGUCUGCCGAGAAAUGUCCGUUGCUCUGUUGUCAAACUUUGCCCAGGGGGACACAUUAGUGGCUAGAGCUAUUGCUGUGCAAAAAGGAAGCAUCAGCAAUCUGAUCAGCUUCCUUGAGGAUGGCCUCACUGUGGCCCAACUUCAGCACAGUCAGCCGAAUUUGAUGCACAUGCAGCCUCCACCUAUUGAACCAACCAGUGUGCACAUGAUGUGUCGAGCAGCCAAGGCUUUGCUUGCCAUGGCUAGGAUAGAAGAGAACCGCUCAGAAUUUGUUUUAUAUGAGGGCCGCUUGCUAGAUAUUUCUAUAUCAUCUAUUCUGAACUCUAUGGUUGCAUCUGUCAUUUGUGAUACACUGUUCAUGAUUGGUCAAUUAUGACAGAAGUGGGAAGCCAAGCAUGUGUGAGUGGAGACAAAGGAGUUGCAUUUGAUUAACUACU